AUGUUGACUUUAUUUUUAUUUACAUUUUAUUUUCUCCUUUGUUCAUUCUUCCUCAUUUUUCUAUAUUUUUUCUUCCCGCUAUUCCUUUAUUUUUUUUCUACCGAUUUACAUACUUUUCUUUUCUUUUUUUGUAAAUUUAUUCCUUUUUCUGUUUAUUUCUAUCCAUUUUCCUUUUCCUUUUUCUUCUUUUUCUUCGAUUUUCCAUUUCUUCUUCUUUAUUUUCUAUUUUAUUUCUUAUUUGCUGCCUUCUUCUUCCACAUUUUUGCUAUCUUUCAUUUCUUCCUUCUUUCAUUAUUUCAUUCCUUCAUUCUUUUAUUCUUUCAUUCCUUCAUUCUUUUAUUCUUUCACUUCAUUCUUUUCUUUCAUUACAUUCAUUAUUUCAUUCCUUCAUUCUCUUAUUCUUUCAUUUCAUUCUUUUCUUUCAUUACAUUCAUUAUUUCAUUACUUCAUUCUUUUAUUCUUUCAUUUCUUCAUUCUUUUAUUCUUUCAUUUCUCCUUCUUUUAUUCUUUCAUUCCAUCAUUCUUUUAUUCUUUUAUUUCUCUCUUUUCCUUCAUUCCCUCAUUCUUUUAUUUUUUCAUUCCUUCAACUUUUAUUAUUUCAGUACAUUUUUUCUUUCUUUCUCUUAUACUUUCAUGUCUUCAUUCUUUUCUUCUUUCAUUCCUUCAUUCUUUCGUUUUUUCAUUCCUUCAUUCUUUCGUUUUUACUGCCUUACUUCCAUCCUUUCGUCCGCCUUCAUUUUCUUUCUUUUCAGCUGUUUUUAA